UGUCGCGGAAGUCUCGCGACAGUAGAUGACGCGCUGCCCUUCGCAGUGAGGUACCUGCGGGGCCCGCCGUACGGGGUCCGGGUUGAGCCGCCAUGGCAAAGAGGCUUCUCAGUCUAUACACGGACAUUCCGGACGGCACCGACUGCCACCGCAAGGCCUACGCUAGCACCACUAUCGGCGGCACCGUCGGCCUAGUCUCCUCCACCUACAGCCUCGUACACAGGCCCCCAAGCUCUGUCUUCGAAGGAGUGGCCAGGGCUGGACGGUACACAUUCACUGCAGCCGCCAUCGGGGCCGUGUUUGGCCUGACCUCCUGCAUUAGUGCCCAAGUCCGAGAGAAGCCUGAUGACCCCCUGAACUACUUCCUUGGAGGCUGCGCAGGGGGCCUGACGCUGGGAGCACGCAUGCACAACUACGGGAUUGCUGCUGGCGGCUGCGUGUACAUGGGCGCAGUGGCCGCCCUUGUCAAGAUGGGCCAGCUGGAGGGAUGGGAGGUGUUUGCAAGCCCCAAGGUGUAGCCCUGCUGCCUCCCGGAACCAAGACCAACCUGGAAAUAAACUGUGCGUGUGCGUGA